AUGGGAACUGCGUGGGCGGCAAAUAAACAGUUUCCGUGGGAAAUCGAUCGAUACAUCGGUGGCAUCGAGAAUGUCAAGAUCAACAUCACAUUGCGCAUCUAUGCCAACAAGUGGCAUGUCUAUGCUGGACUUGCCAUCCUCAACCCGGCGGCGAAAGAGCAGAUUCGACAAUACGCCGAAUCAGUCACGGAACUUUUCAAACUCAUGCUGGGUGGCCAUCGCGAAGAGCUGUCCCACCGGAUCAAGACGGCGGGUGCGGCCGUCUUUUCCAAGGAUGCUGUUGACCAGGAUCUGUUGCUGGGGGACGAUGUGCUGGACAAGUUCUCGCUCUCGAGAAGACCGAAAGAGAGAAUGCCGAACAACCACCUGAGCCUGUUGGGGAUUGUUGAUUGUUGGUGGAAACUCGGCAUCGUCCCGUAUGACCAUAUGAUUUGUUCCACGCCUCUCUUCCGAAUAUGGUUGGGCGUCACUGAGUAUCUCUUUCGCAACGAAACUUUGCUGGAUGAGGUCAUUAACACGGCAAUCGACGAUAACACUUUUCGUUCAGACGAUCUUGAGUUCACUUUCGCAGCCAGAGCAUGGUCUGAAUGCGUCUCCUUCGGUGCUUUCGAAGCAUAUCGAAACCGAUUCGAGAGGAUCCAGCAAUACUUUGCUCCGAGAUUUCCGGAUGCUGUGAGACUGGGAAACGAAAUGAUCAAGGAGAUCAUGGUCAAGACCAAGAACUGA